AUGCAUCUUUCGGCCUCUUUGGUCCUGGCAGUCGGCGCGGACAUCCACAAUCCGGGUCUGAUCGAGCCCACCAAAUGCGAAACUUGCAAGUAUUUUACGCUGGAACUGUCUGACAGACUCCGCGAAACUGGCAGCAAGAAAGAAGUGCUCCAGACGGGACACGGGCUCGACAGGAAGAAAAAAGAAAUAAAGUACGCUACUUCCGAGCUGCGUCUGAUAGAAAGUCUGGAAGACAUUUGCGAGGCGAUUCUGGAAUACAACAUGCACAAAGAAAGAACUGGCUCGUUACGAUUUGCGAAGGGCCAAAGUCAAACGAUGGAGACUCUGAAGAGCUUGAAAGAGCGCGGCGUACAGGUCGACCUUGGAAUUCCUGACGAGAUGUGGGACGAGCCGAGUGCUGAAGUGACCCAAAUGAAGAAGGAGUGCGAGUCGAUUUUGGAAAACUCGGAAGAAGAUAUAGAAGACUGGUUCUUCCACCACCAGCACGUCGACAUCCAAGACUUCAUCUGCCGGCAGCGAGUUUUGAAGCCCGACGACCAAGAAUGCCUCGAUGAAGUCUGGACAGGAGCAGAACUCGUCCACGAAGAAGAAGUUUCUCCAGCCGACGAAGUAGAUCACGAUGAGCUCUGA